AUGAGUAGCAAAACGUCUGGCGCGGAGCUAAGAGCACGGGCUGUGCCGAAAGUUGGCAGAAAGGGGGAGCUUAGAGUUGCGAAGGCCAGUGGAGGCGGAAGGACGAAGGAGAGGAGGACGGGUAUGGGUCGAAAGCAAGCAACAGAGAGCCUAUUCACCAUGCAGACAGGUAAAGGAUCGGAUACCGUCACGAAAAAGUGUCAUUUAGGAGAAGAUGAGCAUCUAUGA